AUGACGACCCGAUACCGCGUGGAAUAUGCGCUCAAGACGCACCGCCGAGACCAGUUCAUCGAAUGGGUCAAAGGCCUCCUCGCCGUGCCGUUUGUUCUCUACUCGCAGCCCACCGGCGUCGUCGGCGACGGCACCAGCAUCGCCAAAAUGUCUGAGGAGGCGCAUCGCCGCUACGCCGAAAUCAUGGGCGACGUCGAGGUCAUGAUUGACGAUCACAUUUCCCGUCAAAACCUAGACUCUCCGAUCCCGUCCAAGCUCGGGAUGCUGGUCCCAACGGCCGGGCCCUUCUUCACUCGCCUUCCACUAGAGGCGGCCUUCAAGUACCAGGACCGCAAGCGCUAUAUUUCUUGCCGCCGCUACGUCGCGCCCUCGUUCAACGACGUCCGCCUCGUUCUCAACUCGGCCCAGAUCAUGGCCGUUACCAACGGCACUCUACAGCUCGCCACGUUUGAUGGUGAUGUCACGCUCUACGAGGACGGCCAAAACCUGGAGCCUAGCAGUCCGAUUGUGCCUCGUCUGAUGCACCUGCUCCGCAACAAUAUCAAAAUCGGCAUCGUCACCGCCGCCGGCUACACGACGGCCGACGGCUACUACGGGCGCCUGCACGGUCUUCUCGAGACCAUUGCCGCGUCGACCGAGCUCAACCCGGUGCAGAAGCAGAACCUCGUCAUCAUGGGCGGCGAGGCCAACUACCUAUUUGAGUACUCGCAGUCGUCCCCGCACCGCCUCGCCCCCGUGCCGCGCGCGCAGUGGCUCACGCCGGAAAUGGCCACCUGGUCCGAGGCCGACAUCACGGCGCUGCUCGACGUCGCCGAGACGGCCCUGCGCGACUGCCUGCGCUCCAUGAACCUACCCGCGCGGCUCAUCCGCAAGGACCGCGCCGUCGGCAUCAUCCCGGACCCGCCGCACGUGCAGAUUGCCCGCGAGAGCCUCGAGGAGACGGUCCUGGUCGUGCAGCGCAUCCUGGAGAUUAGCAGCCUGGGUCUGCGCGCCCAGGCCCAGGCGGCGGCCGCGAGCAAGGUUGUUGGGAGUAAUGGUGGUAGCGCGGCGCGGUCGGACAAGAAACCUGCCGGCGUGCCGUUUUGCGCCUUCAACGGCGGCCGCGACGUGUUUGUCGACAUUGGCGACAAGUCGUGGGGCGUAGCCGUGUGUCAGCAGUGGUUCGGGCGGCGCGAUGCCGGCGCCGGCGCGGCGUCCAUCAAGGGCGAGAACACGCUCCACGUCGGCGACCAGUUCCUCAGCGCCGGCAGCAACGACUUCAAGGCACGCAGCGUGGGCACCACGGCGUGGAUCGCAAGUCCCUCGGAGACGGUCGAGCUACUGGACGAGCUGGCGGACCUGACGCAGAAGAAGCUGGAAUGA